AUGGUGGAUCAUCUUUCUUUGCCCACGUUGAGGCACCCUAGCCCAUACCGCUUCCAAUGGCUCAAUGAGAGUGGCGAUAUCAAAGUCACCAAGCAAGUGGUGGUGCCUUUCCAGAUUGGGAAGUAUGUGGAUGAGGUCCUUUGCGACGUCGUUCCCAUGCAAGCUUCUCACAUUUUGUUGGGACGGCCAUGGCAAUAUGACAAGAAGACUACACAUGAUGGUUUUACCAACAAAUAUUGCUUCUUGCACCAUAACAAGAAGAUGACACUUGUUCCUCUCACACCCCAGCAGGUACAUGAGGACCAACUGCGAUUUCAACAGGAGCAUGAACGAGAGUUGGCCAAGAAGUCAAUCGACCCUAAAGCAAUCAUUAAGGCACCGGCCGAGAGGACAUCUGCCCCUGGAACAUCUGGUCGAGUGGAGAAACGGCCUAGCUUGCUUGCCAAGAACAGGGAAGUUCGCAAAUUACUUUCAUCCAAGCAAGUUGUUUAUGUCUUAUAUUGCAAAGAAGUGAUUUUACUCUAUCAAGAAGCACUUAGUGACUUACCUCCUGAAAUCUCUUCUUUGUUGCAGGAAUUUGAGGACGUUUUUCCAGAUGAGAUCCCAAGUGGCCUACCACCACUCAGGGGGAUCGAGCACCAGAUCGACAUCCUUGCCAAACAGACCGGCCUACAAGAUGGGCCCUGA